AUGCUCCGCCAACGCCACGAGCAAUGCGAGAAUUUAUCGAUGCAAGUCGAAGAGUUUAUGUCUGAACUCGAGCUCCUCCAAAGCCUUAAAGCCGACAAGGAGAACAUGCUAUCAGUGCUUCUAACGCAGGCUGGUGUGUCGCCAGCGCUUUCGGGAACAGUGGUCGACCGAGCAACAGCAACAUUGACCGCGCUGGAAACGGAGAUUCUCCAACAAGAGCAAGCAUGUCAAUUCUUACUUGAUGCCGCCAAACGCGCAAGAUUCCACGACGCGGCACUAAAGGAGGAGAUCGAUGUGGUGGCACAAGAAAUUCAAACAUCGGAAGCUGUUUUGUUGUGCACAGAAGAAGAGAGAAGAACCUGUUCGAAUAUGACGGCCGAGCUUCUCCAAAAGCUGCAAGCAGAAAUUGGCACGAAAGAACAUGCACUGGAGGAGCUGGCCAAGUUGCAACGUCUUGUCGAGCAAACGAAAACGAAGAAGGAAAAGCAGGAGGCACUUUCAGUCGACGUGCAUGACAGAUACAACAGGGAACACACAAAGAAAAUCGAAGAAAUAAUGGCACCAAAUUCCAUUGUUAGAACAGCACUGGAGCAGCGCGAGGUGGCAGAGUGUGAUGCGAUGUUCCGAGCUGAGUCCAUUCGGCUGCGCUCUGAGCUAUCACAGAAGGUUGACGAAACUAGAAAAAAGUUAUCGGAAGAGAAAGAUGCCCUCCGGAAAGAAGAUGAACAUGUUGCCCACUUACGGGCAGAGUUGGAGAGGAAGAGUCUGCUGCCUUUCGCAGACAAUGAUGCUGAAGAAGGUGGACCAAUCACGGUGUCUCUAACGUUCUCAGACGGCAAGAAAACACUAAAAGCGAUGCUGGCCCGUGAGACUGGAGAUACCAAGCAUCCCAAGUCUGCGCUUGACGCAGCAGGGAAACGAACUGACGCGGAGCAGCCCCCUUUGGAGGGACUCAAGUCACCACAUCUAUCUGCCCUGCGAGAGAAGCUAUUCCAUUCAGCCCGUUUGCCGGAAAGGGGUCCUCUGGACAGCCUGCUUCACCUGAAAGUGAGUUGUUGUGUCAGCUCCUUUGCGAAGUUCUCUAGAAGCACCGGCCCGUUUUAUGGCCUCGGAUCGUCUUCGAUCAGGAAGCACAAGACAUCUGUCUUCACACAAUCAUUAAAGGAAGGGGCUCACGAGGUUGAUAUUUUCUCGCCUUAG